AAUGACAAAAAGUUUACGUGCAACCAUAGAAACGAACAGGAAGUUUGUUGCCACAGAUCGACGUAGCAUCAGUUUUGCACUUUAUAAGAAUUAUUACAAGGAUUUACCAUUUAAUUUGUUGUUUUAUGAAAAGUCUUGAUUUAUACUAGUCCCCUGGUGUAAUUGACCGGGUCAUGUAACCAUUAAGUGGCUCGGUUCGAUCGCUUGUGGGGAUUCUUCAGCCAAAAUUAGCACAACAGCUAAUGUUUUGCCCCUCAGAAAAAAGAAAAUGAUUAAAGUGAAAAUACUCUUCGUUGGUCCCAGUGAGAGUGGCAAAACAGUUUUGGCUAAUUUCCUCUCUGACACAACAGAAAAUGUGGGAGGUGAAUACAGACCUACUCGGGGAGUCAGGAUACUGGAAUUUGAAUCACAACCUGUUGGCAGUGGUGACAACAAGGCAUGUGAAGUGGAUCUGUGGGACUGCUCUGGAGAUUUUAAAUUUGAAUCUUGCUGGCCUGCUCUAAUGAAGGACUCCAAUGGUGUUGUGAUCAUUUUCAAUCCUGAUGUUCCCAGUCACCUCAAAGAAAUAGAGACGUGGCAUUCGAUGUUCAUUUCCUCCCAGGGCUUGGUUGACAACCAGUGCUUACUCAUAUCUCACUACAAACCCGGCAGCAAAGUAGAAGAUGAACGUGUGCCUUUAGCUUCACAUUUAAGCAGAAUCCCUUUCAUUCAAUCCAACCUGGAGGAGGAGCCAGAGGACGUGAGGCAGAGUUUCUGCAGAUACCUGGGAAACGUUGUGAACGCAAUGUCAGAAAGUCGAGAAAGAGAGGAAAUGUCCAUCAUUACAUGAGAGCUCUACAUUUGAACUUAAUAUACAGUGAAAAAUAUACACUUGUAUUUGUUUCUCGAUUACAAACCAUAUCCUGUAAAACUCACGACCCUUAAAAUUGCAGCAGAAUGGUCACAUACUUCAUGAUUAUCAGGCAAAGACCAAAACAUGACCAAAAAUGUUUUUUUUUACUGACCGUCUAUUUUGAAUAGACAGAGACAGGUCCUUGGACAAUGAUUACAGCAACACCAGUGUAUUGUCAGUUUUUAAAUGUGUGGGUUCAACCAACUGAAAACACACUGUCAGUCCAUUUGCCUGUUCAAUGCCAUUUCAAGUGAGUUCCCAAAUACUUAACUUAGUUUGUAUUGCAUCUGCAAAUCUACCAAUUUAAAAUGUUCACUCUAAGUGUAGAUUGGCUAUGAUUGCUCUUCAACAGCUUGACAUUCAAUGACCUUUUUGUAAUUUCCAUGUGAAUGUGCCCGCUUCUGACUAUCACAUGGAUGACUGAAUCAUUAGUCACUUUUAUGACUCAUGCUCUAGUCAUGCGUUCAACCAAAAUAAUGGUGCAUUGUGCAAACAAUGCAGGUUUGACCUGUAUUUAAUAAACACCAAACUACAGACACCAGCUGAUCCAUUCCCACAUGCUGGUCCUUAAACAGGCGACCGCGGCUGAGCUUGUAAGCAACAGAAGGUCAACGCUGGCAUAUCCCCACAGACCUGUAGACUUCAGGGCAGUGUGGGUAACGGUCAAAACGCCCAAGGAUAGUCACUAAUCACCUGGUGAUGCCUUCUCUUGGCUAAAGGUUAUGGUCCCAAAGACAUCAUUAAGGGAGUUUGUAUCAACAGUUGUUUUCAGGUAUGUAGUGGAGAUGUACUAACUAACUUUUAUUCCACAUACCAUAAAUGGAUGGUUAACAGGAUUAAUAAGUUGUCUGUAUAAAGAUUGGAAGAAAACUACGCUGAUGAUUUGAAAAACUGCCAUUGACAUAUUUUAAGAUCGAAAUAAACAUGGUUCCCAAGAUGCAAUUUGUUUAGUUGUUACUAAUAAAUAACAUAAGAACAACGAUGACAAACUGCACACAUGAUAAACAGAAGAUACACAAUAAUAUUAAUGGCAUGUUGUUGAGGAGGAAGAACAAGUCACAACAUGCGGUUUAAUAAACAAAAGAUGAAUGAAA